GUGGAAUCUCUGCCGGUCAGACCAGCAGUGCAAUCUGAAACGUUGACUUUGGCUCUAAAACAGUACAAGGAGCUGUGUGACGGGCCCUUGCAGUACAUAAUUUGGCGAAAGAUGCUGAAAUGCAUCAGCCCAGCUCCUAAUGCUCUGACCCUGGAUCCAGACUCGGCCCACCCCAGCCUCCUCCUCUCCAAAGAUCUGACUUCAGUGACAGAGAGGGAGUCACCACAGGCAGUACCCAGAAGCCCCAGGCGUUUCCUGCAGAGCGUGAACGUGUUGGCCACGGCGUCCUUUGAAAGCGGGCGGCAUUACUGGGAAGUCUGGGUGGGGAACAAGACCAAGUGGGAAUUAGGAGUGGCUUCGGACAAUGUGGACCGGGCAGCAAGAGUCCGUCUGUGCCCAGAUAAUGGCUAUUGGACGAUAAGAUUGUGGAACGACUCCGAGUAUUGGGCUGCAGCAACUCCCUGGGUACGUUUGAGGCCCCAGUGCUGGCUGAGGAAAGUGGGGGUGUUGUUGGACUGCAAGGCCAAAAAGCUGACCUUUUAUAACGCCGAGGAGAUGUCAGUCCUCUUUAUCUUCCACCAGUUGUGGGCUAGCAAAUUCUAUCCUUUUUUCAGUACCGGCUUCAGUCAUGGCGAGAAGAAUGCAGAGCCCAUGAGGAUCUGCCACCCUCUCAGGCUCUGAAGUCUUCUCAUUUCACAGGACACAGUGGUUCUUUCGUUUCUUUCUGCCUUAGCGCUAUUACAAUACUGUUUCUCUUGUCCUCCUAACUGCCACUGGUAAAUGUCCGUUGAGAUUUCAAACCAUUUAUAUUUGUGGUAUAGAUCCAGCCAACCGUAAUGAAAAAUGAAGGGUUGUUGACCAUUUUUAUUUAGAGUGGUCCCUUACUGUCUUUUCUAAGGUGGACUUUCUUUAUUUUUAAUCUAACAAGAUCGUUACUAUUCAUUUAAGAUUCAACUCGGCAAAUAAUCAAAAAAUAUUGACUAUAAUUCUAAUAUAUCAUAAUAAAAUGGUAGCUAUAACUUUCUACUUCCUAUUACCACUUUACAAGUGUAAACAUGUUUUGUACACACACAAACACACACAUAUAGGUUUGUAUACAUAGACACACACACACAUAUAAUGGAAGCAGUUAGCUUC